AUGAGCAGAACGUAUCGGUAUACACCUGCCAACCAAUCCUUGCGUAUGUUGGCAGAAGACGAAGAUGCAGAGGAUACGAAAUUGCAGGACUCGGACGGCGAGACCAAUGCAGGAAGCAGUCGAAGAAACCAAAGUGAGGAGAGAAACCGGAACACCCAAACAAAGAGCCCAAGAAAGGUGGCGUGGAGCAAUCCCAAUAAUCGCAACAACGAUAGUCAAGACUCAGAGGAUGACGGAGAGGUUCCACAAAGUUUCAUGAUCGAAGAAGAUGCUGGCUCGUCCAAGCGAAGGAAAUCGAAAGGGAAAGGGAAAGAAGUUGCGGGGAGUGGUCGGACGAGACCCUUGUAUUCUGUUGGAGGAGGCAGAAAACUUUCUUCGAUCCUCCCCACCCAUGCACCACCCCCACCACCUCAUACAUCGGUAUCAAUACCUCCAAGGCCGUCAGAGCUCAAUGUCGAUGGAGAUGAGGAAGGACAGUGCACUCCACGAACGGAUGAAUCACAGGAUAUUUGGCGAACGAAUCCCAUGCUUGGUUUGGAACCACACGAGCGUGCACUAUGGAGUUGGGUGAAUGUGGUCAACUUGGAUGCGUUCUUACAAGAGGCCUAUUACUACUACGAGGGCAAGGGUCUAUACAGUAUUGCGUUGGCCAGGGCACUCAAUCUUCUGACGAUUGGCUUUGUUAUUGGCUUCUCCACUUUUCUCCUGGGCUGCAUCGACUAUUCGAAAAUAAAUCCCGAAAAACAAAUGAGGCUAGGUGAUGCCAUCGUCGAACAUUGUGUAGCGAAGUUCUCCGGGUUCACGCUUCUAUUCUUCCUUUUAUUCACCACCUUCUACAUCUGGGAGAUAUUCACAUUCGUGAUCUCCCUUCAACGCCUCGUGGAUAUGUACAAUUUUUACACUCACCUGCUCAAGAUACCAGACGCUGAUAUACAAACAAUAUCAUGGCCAGAAGUCGUUCGACGUAUCGGCGCAAUUCGUGAGGAGAACCCAAAUACAGCCAUCUCAUCUCAUCGGAACAACAGCAUGACCGCCAAGCUAGAUGCGCACGAUGUUGCCAAUCGGAUAAUGCGGCAAGAGAACUACCUUAUUGCCCUGUUCAACAAGGAUGUGUUGGAUUUACGUGCUCCGGUGCCGCAGGUACUGAAGAGGUUCGUGAAAGAACAGGAAAAGGGCAAUAUGCUCACACGAGCGCUGGAAUGGAACUUGAGGUUUUGUUUGAUGGGAUAUCUUUUUGAUAAACAAGGGAAGGUCAGGAAAGUGUUCCUGAAGAGCAAGAAUAGGAGGGUUUUAAUUGAAGGUCUGAAGCGCAGAUUUGCUUUCAUGGGAAUUCUCAACGCUAUAUUUGCCCCAUUCAUUGUAUUAUAUAUACUCAUGUAUUCGUUCUUUCGCUACUUCGAGGAGUACCACAAGAAUCCGUCUAACUUUGGCGGACGUCGGUAUACUUCAUAUGCACAGUGGAAAUUCCGCGAAUUUAACGAGCUGCCGCACCUGUUCGUACGUCGACUUCACGAAAGCUACCCUCUCGCGGAUACGUACAUUGGGCAAUUCCCCAACGAGAACGCAACGCUCAUAAUGCGCUUUGUCGCAUUCGUAUCGGGAGCAUUUGCCGCUGUCCUGUUUCUCGCAACAAUCUGGGAUCCUGACAUCUUCUUGCACCUUGAAAUAACACCUCAUCGUACGGUGUUGUUUUACUUUGGGUUAUUUGGCACGGUUAUGGCAACGGCUCGGGGUAUGAUUCCUGAAGAGAACCGAGUAUUCGACCCAGAAAUGCUUAUGACUGGUGUUAUAAGCUAUACGCAUUAUAUGCCUGAUAGGUGGAAAGAUCAACUGCAUAGCAAGCGGGUUCAUCAAGAAUUCGGGCAACUGUUUUCCAUGAAAGUCCUGAUAUUUGCUGAGGAGUUGCUAUCCGUGGUCCUCACCCCUUUCGUUCUACUGUAUUCGCUUCCCCCCUGUGCACCAGCGAUUAUUGAUUUUUUCCGGGAGUUCACAGUUCACGUCGAUGGGCGUGGAUACGUCUGCAGUUUCGCGGAGUUCAACUUUGAGAGGCAUGGUAAUGUCAAGUUUGGAGCUCCAACCGAGGUGCAAGACAAGAGAAUGGUAUCGAAUGAAGGGAAGAUGGAGAAGAGUUUCCUCAAUUUCAAGGCUGCAAAUCCAGAUUGGAUGCCUACAGAUCCCACGGGCUCCUUGUACCUCAGCCGCAUCCAGAAUUUCACUGCUGCCCAUCCGGAAUCAUUCUCACGCCGAUAUCAAGAAUCUUCGCCCGGAACAGCACCGCGCGAGAGUUCACUACAAGAGAGAGCUCAGGGGUACGACCGAGCUCUCAAGCAGAGCCAAUACGCGUCUCGGAGACGUGGUGCUGGAAGUACGUUUCUGGGAUUGUCCACGCUCCAUCCUCACAUGCAUGGAAGCAUGGCACCAUCGGCUUCAUCGAUUUUUGGCGCUGUGGGUGGUGCGAAGACAGUUGUGUUGGGUGAUUCGCAAGGAAGUGUACAGAUUACAUCUCCGCCCAAACCACCUGCUGCACCGAUACCAGACCAAGAUAUCAGUGCGGAUGGGCUUGUGGAUGGUUCUUAUGUGGAUGGAGAUUCUCGUAAGCAGCCUAGAACCAUUUAUGAGCAAGAUGAGGGUGAAGGCGAGUUGGAUGAGGACGGAGGAGUGCUUGGAUUGCUUGCACAGAUUUAUGCUAGGCGAGAUGGCACUGCUAGAGCGAUCUAG